AUGGUGUCAGAUGAACGCUCAGUGGAUGAGGAGAUCCGCAGCGCGUCUCGACAUAAGAAGUGUGAUGAAACUCGGCCCGCUUGUCUUAUGUGCACUCGUGGUGGACGUGUAUGUCAAGGGUAUACGGCACCACCCGAUAAAAGAACCCGUGAAGUGCGAGACGCGCGCACCGUGAGGACAAAUGGUGGGGCUCUAAGCAUUGUACAUGUGGGUCAGCAACAAGCCCAAUCCGCUGGUUUGGUCUAUGUGCUUGAUGGGAGUCAAGUUGGCUUGUCGCGGAUGGAACGUGACUAUUUGUAUUCGUUCCGUUCGUAUACUGCUGGCCAGUGCGCUGGAUACCACUUCGACCCAUUCUGGCAGGUACUUGUCCAUCAAGUCAGUGAAUCUUGCCCCGAGGUCCGCCACGCAGCUAUUGGUAUCGGUGCCUUGCAUCGUAGAUUUUCGAACCCCGAUUCUAACCGGAAUGACAUUUUCCCAAUACGGCAGUCCACAAAGGCCAUUGCUUGUCUCCGCAAGGCUAUGAUGAAAGGCGACCAAUCGGAUCCCUCGGCCACGGAGAAGAUCCUGGUGGCCUGUGUUGUUCUAGUUACAUUCGCUCUAUUCCAAGGGGAUGUUGAUGCCGUUCGCUGUCAUCUGCAAGCUGGCACUAAACUCCUUUGGGAGUGGAGAAAGAAAAAUCCCAAGAGCCCAGCUGCUUCGAUUUUAUUACAUACAUUCAUACAGCUCCAUAUUCAUUGGGCAAGCGCUACGAGACUCCAGGAUUAUCUGGGGGGAGACUAUCCCUAUCUUCAAGAACUUAUCCAUGAUAACCUCGUCGAUAUCUCUGCACAUCCCGAUGAACUGUCAAGAGCGACUAUGCUGGUGUCUGUUCAAUGUUGGGCAUUGAUGUUCAGUGAUCCUGUGUCCUUUGACCCACUGAACCCCAAUCUGUCUCGAGGAUUUGUAUGGGACACCCCCGCGAAUAAGGUUCAUCGACUAAAAACGCAAGUGGAGGAGUGUAGUGCUCUUCACAGAAAGACUGCCUCCCCCACAAAGCUUCGUGCGUUCAUGGUCGUCCAGAUGCAGAUUGAGAUGAUGCAAGUUAUCCUCGCGUCAACAACAUUUUCAGGCUCGGAAACAGAAUGGGACCCUCUCUGUCCACAUUUCAAACGUGUUGUCGAUAAAGCAGAAGUGUUAUUGAGUAAUUUCAAUCACUUGCCCGACCCAUUAUUUUCUGUCAAAGAAGGAUUCCUGGGAUCCCUCAUGUUCUGUGGGCUCAAAUGUCGGGACUGGACGGUUCGGCAGAAAGUGUUGGGUAUCUGCCAAAAGUACAAUCGACGCGAGGGAAUGUUUUCUACCGCCGAAGCUGUUCUCCUAUUACAGACUGUCUACGAUUUUGAGUCUGCGGGGAUUCCACCGGGAGAGUAUAUACCCGAGUCCGCUCGUGUACCUCAAGCAUACAUCGCCGAACAUCCCAACCUUUCGAAAUUCAACACCAAAAGUUACAUCAAAUAUUGUGAUAGGGAUGGGAAUUGGUACAGUAAAUGGCUGUCACCUUGA